CCCUAUUAUGUGAGCAACUCACCUCACCGCCCCACCUAAAGUAGUCUAAGACCACCACCUCCGUCUUCUUCCUCCACCCUUUCAAAAACUCUUUUUUCUUUCGUUAAUUUUUCUUUACUUUUAUUAUUUUCUCUUAUUCUUUUUCAAUCAAGAUUUGUUCUUACCUCUUCUAAUAUGUUCAAUCUUACCACUUUUAAUUGUAUUAUUAUUUGAUAACCCUAUUAAUUCUAUCAUUAAUCUAUUUCUUUGGGGGAUUAGAUCUCUGUUUUUUUCUUUUUCGAAAUUAAUCAAGAUCAAAUAUUUUAGCAUCCCUUUUAAUAUAUUUUGUUAAUUUUUAUUGUAGAUGUAUAUAAAGAACCCACCUUUUUCAAUCCCAAAACCAUGUAACCAUCUUUCAAAUUUCAAGCUAAAACAUGGGUUAAAUUGCUAUACCCACCUCAAAAAUUACCUAAAAACAACCCCAAAUGGUAAAUUAAGCCUUUCAAAUCACAAAAAAGAAGUUCCCAUAUGUGAUUUUUGUUCUGGGUAUAAGGGUAGAUUUUACAUUUGCUUAAUCUGCUCCACGAUUUCUUGCUGCUCAAAUUCAGAUUCAUUAAAUCAUGUUCAUUUGCAUUCUGACUCGAAUAAUGAGCAUGAAAUAGCUGUUGAUCUUGAUCGAGCUGAAUUGUAUUGUUGUGUUUGUCAAGAUCAGGUGUAUGAUCCUGAUUUUGACAGGGUUUUGAUGUCCCAAACUUUCGAGGAAAGUAAGAUUAACAAAUCUAUUACUACUAGUAGUAUUAGUAGCAGUAAUUGUAGUAGUAUUAGUAAGAGAAAAGGUUCAUCAGUGGAGUUGGAUUUGAUAAAAUCGAAACAAUUAGUUGUUCUAAGACGAGAUCCGAGGUCGAAAAUGGUGUACCCUUUGGGAUUGAGGGGUUUGAACAAUUUGGGGAGUACUUGUUUUAUGAACUCAGUGUUGCAGGCAUUGCUUCACGCUCCUCCUUUGAGGAAUUACUUCUUGAGUGAUCGGCGUCAUCGAAAAUUUUGUAAGAAAAGAUCAGCUGAUCAGAUGUGUUUGCCUUGUGAUAUUGAUGCUCUUUUCUCUGCUGUUUUCUCCGGUGAUCGGUCGCCUUAUAGCCCUGCUCAGUUUCUUUAUAGUUGGUGGUUGCACUCAGAAAAUCAUGCAACCUAUGAGCAGCAGGAUGCACAUGAAUUCUUUAUAUCAAUUCUUGACCAAAUACAUGAGAAAGAAUCCAAGAACUUGAAGCUCACUGGAGAUGUAAGAGACUGUGAGUGCAUCGCGCACAAGGUAUUUUCGGGGCUUCUGCGAUCAGAUUUGUCAUGCACAGUAUGUGGGUCCACUUCAACCACCUAUGAUCCCUGCAUGGACAUGUCUCUGGAUUUGGAUAGCCAAACAACCCAACCGAGUGGCAGCGACAAUAUGACAACACUUUCAAGUUGCCUGGGUCAUUUUACAAGGUCAGAGAGGCUGGGAUCAGAUCAGAAGCUUUAUUGCGAAAAUUGUCAAGAAAGACAGGAAUCUGUGAAACAAAUGUCAUUCAAACACCUGCCCUUGGUGCUAUGCCUGCAUAUUAAAAGGUUUGAGCACUCCCAUGUUCGAAAAGUAUCCAGAAAGAUCGACCAAUACCUACAGUUUCCCUUCUCAUUGGACAUGUCCCCGUAUUUGUCAUCAACAAUAGUCAGAAAUAGGCAUGGGAAUAGAAUGUUUGCUUUUGAAGACGAUAAUGAUGCUGAUAUAGUUACAGAUUAUGAGAUCUUUGCUGUAGUAACACAUUCGGGGAUGCUUGAGUCUGGUCAUUAUGUCACCUUUUUACGUUUGCAUAACCAGUGGUACAAAUGCGAUGAUGCAUGGAUAUUGGAGGUUGAUGAAGCAACCGUCAGAGCUUCUCAGUGUUAUAUGAUAUUCUAUUUGCAGAAAAUGUUAUUUCACAAAACAAGUGAUGAUUUAAGCUGCUGCCCCAUUUCCCCUAGAAGAGAUACGUUUCUUCCUAUAGCUGGUUGUUGCUGAUUGAUGACGUGUUUUCUGCUGGAUUUCAAGAGUCCUGGAAUUUACCGAAUGGAUGCUGUGUAGGUUACAUAAAAGCCGCCAGUUGAAAGAAGACAUCUGCAAAAAGAGACCUCAUUUUUGCAGGAACAUCCUGUUUGGUGCAUGCUUGAGAUAUGCAGGAGUGCAGGACCAAAGUGAUUAUCCGACCAAGAUUAAGCAAGUGGUUCUGAAUAACCUGUUUGAAAUGAGCGAAUGAGAUUCACUGCGGUGCAAACUGCAGAUUAACCAAACCAUGCUGGUAAUUGUUAUUGGCAUCGGAAGCUUCGAUGUGUUUUUAAAUUUGAAGAGGCUGCUGGUAGAAACUCGCAGCAACAGAGCCGGAGAUUGUGAUAUACCCAAGGGCAAUUGGGCAAAGGGCUCUGGCUUGUAACAUCUGCAGAAAAUCUUGGUAAGGGGAUUCUUUAAAAACAAAAAAAAAGGAAUAGAAACUUGUAUAGAAUAAGUUGAUCAGUUUUAGUUUGGGUUUUCUCACAUUUUCUUCAUGAUUUGAUGACCUGGUUUUUUUUUCUCGCGGUCAUUGUGCAGUGUGCACUGCCUCAAAACAUAGUGAAUUUUUUUUCUUUUCGUUCCAGAACAAGAAAACUCGUGUAUUUCUUUGCAAAUUGCAAGCGUGAACUGUGAUUUCGAUUGGUGUAUCA